AACCCAACCAAAGAGAAAGGCAAAGGCAGACACCCCAGGACUAAUAACGUAAAAUAAACUGCAAGGAAGAACACUUUAGGAUAGGGGAUGAUGUCCGAAAGCGAGGAGCAUGGCUCGCUCCUGGAGAAGAUCAACGACAAGAUCCACGAAUACAAGCACUCGUCAUCGUCCUCGGAUUCGGAUGACGACGAAAAGUCCAAGAAAUCAAAGAAGAAGAAGCUCUUCGGAAGGAAGCAUCCGCUCCAUCACGUCCUCGGCGGGGGCAAAGCUGCCGACCUUGUCCUGUGGAGGGAUAAGCAGACAUCCGGGAGCAUCCUCGCGGGGGUGACCGUGAUCUGGCUGCUGUUCGAGGGCAUCGGCUACCACCUCCUCACCUUCCUCUGCCACACGCUCAUCGUCUUCCUCACCGUCUGGUUCGUGUGGUCUAACGCUGCGUCCUUCGUCAACAGGUCUCCUCCAAAGUUCCCAGAGGUCAUUCUAUCGGAAGUACAAUGCCUGAAGAUAGCUCAUAUUGCAAGGAAAGAAAUCAAUGAGGCUUUCUAUACAUUGCGCAAUGUUGCUUCUGGGAAAGAUCUGAAAACAUAUCUGACGACGGUUGCAAUCUUGUGGUUCAUUUCUAUAAUUGGCAGCUGCUUCAGCUUCUUGACUCUGUCUUACACUAUUUUCCUGAUGGCAUACACGCUGCCCAUGCUGUAUGAGAAAUACGAAGAUCAAGUCGAUGUUGUGGGCGAGAAGGCCCUUAUCGAGAUCAAGAAGCAAUACAAAGUGAUCGAUGCGAAGCUUCUCUCUAAGAUCCCAAUGCUGUCCGAGAAGAAACAGCACUGA